AAAUACAAUGUUAUCAUCAUGAUUGUCCAUCUUUUACCUUUAUUUUUAUUGUUUUGGAUAUGGAAUUUGCAAAAUACUGUGACAGCAAUCACUCGACAAUACUAUAUUACAGCAGAAGAAGUGGACUGGGAUUAUGCACCUCAACAAUGGGACAAUCUUCGUGAUCAACCUUUGAAUCAAUCGUUUAUGUCUGAUCUUUACACAGCUCGCAAUGCUACCAGAUUGGGAACUGUUUAUCGCAAAGCAGUCUAUCGUCAAUAUACCGAUGCCUCUUUCUCUAUUCCUAUAGCUCAUGAUCCUGCUCUUGGUUUCCUUGGUCCUAUUAUCAAAGCAGAAGCUGGGGAUCGUAUUCAAGUAGAAUUCUUUAACCGUGCAAGUCAACCUUGUAGUCUCCAUCCUCAUACGAUCAAGGCAACAAAUGGAUCUCUUCCAGGUAGGUCGGUACAACCAAAUCAAGGCUAUCACUAUGUUUGGGACAUUCCUGCGGAUCUAGUGUUUCCUUCCAAUCAAUCUUCAAUAUUGUGGGUAUAUGUAUCAAAGGCAAAUCCGUUGGUAGAUCUGAACGCUGGUUUGGUGGGACCCAUUGUAGUAUAUGCACCUGGACAUCUUGUAAAGGCAUCGGCUAAUAGCAUGGUUGCUUCAUUACCUGGAGUACAAGAAGUAUUUACUAUGAUGAUGACAACGGAUGAAGGAUUAUCAAAUUACCUACCAUACUCGGCUCAACAUUAUAAUAACAACAUUAACAGCAAUGACUUGGAACAACUGAUGCGGACGGAUGAUCUGUUUUUGGAAUCCAAUCGAAUGUAUCAUAUCAAUGGCUAUAUCUUGAACAAUAAUGCGGAUCUCCGGGUAUUCUAUGGACGACCAGUACGAUGGUAUAUUUUGGCAUUUGGGUUGGAGGACGAUGAUGUACAUACUGCUCAUUGGCAUGGAGCUACUUUAUUGUAUCAUGGUCAUCGUGUCGACGUGGUGGAUCUCAUGCCUGUCAGUUUUGAAGUACUGGAUAUGAUGCCUGACAAUGAAGGUCAAUGGUUAUUCCACUGUCAUGUGGCUUCGCACUUUGAGGCUGGAAUGACUGCAUUUUAUCAAGUCGAGAAAUUGGAAUAUACUGGUGAAGAAGGUUGGGAUGGUUGAUGAACUGGAAACGUGGUUGUCUUUUUGGAUUCUUUACUUUGUAGAUAUUCUCCUCCUCCUUUUUUUUUUUUUUUUUAUUUACCCUUCGUUUGUAUCAGGAUCUCCAUCUUAUAUACACAUAUAGAUAUUGUUUAUCAUCUCAUUUUUAAUUGAACAAUAAAUCAUUUUGUUGCCCAUCUAGAAACAACAA